AUGGCAGGCGUGGUUUUUAACAGCGGCUCCCUGAAGGGGGACAUCGUUGUCAGGAAAGGGGCCGGGCCCUCGCAGGGCGAGAAGGGUCAUGCGGUGUCGCUGGACAGUGACGAGGUCGCAGUUCUGACUUGCGGGACAGUCGUGGACCAGGCAGCUCCUUUGGAGGAAACAGAGGAUGGCAUCGUCCGGAUGAACAUCUCCUUCUUAGACACAUCGAGCAGAGAGCCCUCCACGUCGUCGAGAAUGCGCCAAGGUUGGGUUACCUGCGAUGCCACAUCUCAGGGUGGGCCGAGGUUUUUCGAGCCCUUGGAUCCGCACGACACCUCCCAGAAGCCCACAAAGGCAGAGAAUCCAGAGCAGGCUGGAGCCGAGGAUGGUGCAUGGGACUCCAACCGCACCUGGCGUGUGAUGAAUCUGCAGGAUCCAAAGGAUCUCGUCGUUGUGAAUAAGCCGGAGCCGUUCGCACCCGGCUCGGGCAAAGUCGUCCCCCCAGAGAUGCUGGUGAGGCAUCUGGGAAAUGGGGACGUGGUGUAUCAGGUCGGUCACUCCAAGAAGGUGAGAGGUUACAUGGUGAUGCCCAUCAGAAUCGAGCAGGACGAGGGCUGGGUGGUCCGACGCCUUGUGGACCGGAACCGGGAUCACGGCUACCAGGUCCCGUGGUUCGAGGAGAUUGUGAACGGCGAGCCACGCGAAAAGCGGAAGCCGCGUGCUUAG